GUCGCCGCCACCGCGGCCGCCGCCCGUCGCCGCGGUUGCGCUGUGGGCUGCGGUUGACGAGGAGGGAGGGAGGUCGCGAUGCCGAUCGAGCUACCGCGGGGGCUGCCCUUCGCCGUGGACACGUGGACGGCCGCCUCCGCCGUCAAGCGCCACCGCUUCCUGACCCACGCCCACCGCGACCACAUCGCCGGCAUCACCGCCACCAACGUCGCCGCCGUCUACGCCUCCCGCCUCACCAUCCUCAUCGCCUGCCACAUCUUCCCCCAGCUCGAUCGCGCCGACGCCUUCGUGGAGGUGGAGCUGGGCGCGCCGGUGCUCGUCCCGGACCCCGACGGCGACUUCACCGUCACCGCCUUCGACGCCAACCACUGCCCCGGCGCCGUCAUGUUCCUCUUCGAGGGCGCCUCCUUCGGCCGCGUCCUUCACACCGGCGACUGCCGCCUCACCCCCGACUUCCGCUUCCUCGCCGCCGACUACGUCUUCCUCGACUGCACCUUCGCCGCCUGCUCUCUCCACUUCCCCUCCAAGGACGACUCCAUCCGCCAGGUCAUCAAUUGCAUCUGGAAGCACCCCAAUGCACCGGUGGUUUAUCUCGUGUCCGACAUGCUUGGCCAAGAGGAGAUACUCAUGGAGGUGUCAAAGGUGUUUGGAUCCAAGAUUUAUGUAGACAGGGACAAGAAUUCAGAGUGUUAUCACACCCUCUCCCUCGUCGCGCCGGAGAUCCUCACCGACGACUCGUCGUCUCGCUUCCAGGUGAUUGGUUUCCCCAGGUUGUCGGAGCGAGCAACGGAGAUGCUCGCGUUGGCACGGGCGAAGCACCAGCCUGAGCCACUCAUCAUCAGGGCUUCUUCGCAAUGGUACGCGUACUAUGAGCCACCAGAGGGAUCGACCAAGAGGAAACCGGCACUGACAGAGCCAAUGCGCGAUGAAUUCGGGGUGUGGCACGUCUGCUUCUCGAUGCAUUCGUCCCGCGAAGAGCUGGAGCAGGCGUUGCGGUUCAUCCAGCCCAAAUGGGUCAUCUCCACAACCCCUCCAUGUAUGGCGAUCGAGCUGUCCUAUGUCAAGAAGCACUGCUUCGCGUCCCGGUUACGCAAUGAUGAUCCCCUCUGGAAGCUGCUCAGGUUGUCUGAUGGAAAUUCUGCAGUUUCAGGAUCACCACUGGCUGUACCAACUGUAGAGAUGAUCAAGAAAUGUGAGGAGGAAGAGGUCACUUGUUCUGUCAAGGACUCUUUCAGUUCUGAUGGUAUCAGGAUGCGGGAUCAAGAACCAACUCUGGAAGACUUUGAAAUCAACGUGGAGCCACCUGUGACACUGUUCGGGAUAGCGAGGUUUGGAUUGACAGAGGAACCUGAAUUGUGGAAGGAUGAGCAUGAGAGUGUCGAAAUCGACGAGCUUAAAGUGCAGAUGGAGAAUUCAGCUACAGAAUGUGAGCAGUGGAAGGAUGGCAUAUCUGUCUUAGGCUCUGAAGUAAUUGAUUCAGUUGAAAUUGUGGCCAAAGAGCAGGACUCAGCAAUAGAAUCUGAACAGUUGAAAGAUUGCGAACCUAAAGAUGGAACCAAAGCAACUGAUGUAACUGAAGUUGAAGUGAAUGAGCACACAUCAUGUACAGAAUCUGUACUUUGGAAAAUGGACAGAAGUGAUGAGUGUGUGACAACUAAGAGAGGUGAAUUUGAAGCUGAAGAACAGAAAUUCACUGGCAGAUACCAGUUUUGGAAAAUAUGCAAGCCCAAGGAGAUGGAGGGUGCUAAAUUGACUGUACAAGGUAAAAACACUGUUGAAGCACUUGAUCAGGUUUUGGCCAUCGAUCGUCUAGCCUACUUGCAUGACAACAACCAAGAGGUAACAAAAGAGGGUAUUGCUCCAUCAGAAACUGAUCAGGAGAACUCUAAAGUUCCUGACAAGGGAAGCAGUGACUCCUCGAAUGCUAUUGGAUCAUCAAAAGGUCUGAAUGCCAACCUGAGAAAGCUGUACAGGUCGAUGAACGUGCCGGUUCCUCGUCCCCUGCCCUCAUUAGUUGAGCUCAUGGCAGCCUCAAAGCGACCAAGGGUUUCUCCUGCUGUGCAGCUGUAGGCCUAUCAUAGAUUCAUCUGUUGUUUCCGGCCUCUACUUUCAGUCAUUAUUUGAGUUAGACCUGUCAUUCAAGAAUACUUCCAUUGUAACAGCGAUGCUAUAGCAUAAUAAUAUACUAUAAUUGUUCUUAAUAGCUAACUAAUUUGAAUGAAAAUACCAUGCUUACAAA